UAAAUGGUAAAGUGGUGAAUUGAAUCGGUGGAAGAUGAUGUUCACCGGUGGUUCCCAUGCGAGGAGACGCAACGCUGGAGGCGGUUCCGGCUCCAGCCGGAGGUCCUCCGUGAACCAUAAAAGCCCACAGGCACGCGUGGGUGCGGAAGGAUACACAUACAGAACACGAAUACCAGUACUGAAUCCAGCUGAUCUACCGCCCUCGACGUCUACAGGGAAAUACGUGUACAAGACCAGGGUCCCUCGGCGAGACAUAGCUUCUGCGUCGACGUUACCGCAUGAAAAUAACGUCGGCGGUGCCAUCACCAGGAGAAGGGGCGCGGUGAAACACAACAAGGUGCACAUUGUUCGUGGACACAGACUGGUCGCCAAAUUCUUCAGAACGCCGACCUUCUGCGCAUUCUGCAAGGAUUUUCUCUGGGGCUUCGGAAAGCAGGGAUACCAGUGCCAAGCCUGCCAAACAGCGGUGCACAAGAAGUGCCACGAUAAACUGCUGACCAAGUGUCCGGAGAGCGGCAGGGAAUCGGAAAACACGAUAUACUUGAGGGAGCGUUUCAAGGUAGAUGUACCUCACAGGUUUCGGCCUCACACAUUCAUGUCGCCGACCUUCUGCGACCAUUGCGGUUCCCUGCUCUAUGGAUUCUUCAGGCAAGGUCUGAGAUGCGACGGUGAGAACCGGCUUCGCCGCGAUCGACCGACGAUCAAGAUCAGAUCGCAAGCGUUGAAGGACAAUCCGGCUCUGCGCGAGCACAACGAACGACACGAGAAAACGGUGGGCGAGUUGUUGGUGGAGAAGUUCCUGAUCAAGGACAAGAAGCUGGAGGAGGCCGAGAGACGUAUGCAGUUGUUCCAUCAGAUCAGCUUGGACCGCGACGAGGAGGACGAGGAGCUGCAACAGAUAAACAACAAGAUCACCAGGAGGUUCACCAGAAGGAGAUCCUCCGCGGAUAUUCAAUUGGACCCUGAACAGUUGGAGAGGGAGGUCGCUUACGCUCAGGUGCAGGCUAAGGUGCUGGACACUCUGGUAGCCGAAGAGCAGGCCGAAAUCGAGAACGAGGUACGUCGAGGGACUUUGAUUAAGAAGAGUAACGCCGGAGGGCCCAGAACCGUUCCUGGUUUCUUCAGAAACGUGGAUGGGGACUCUGCGUCCCAGGGGGAGGAGGAGGCCGCGCAGAAGAUGAGAAAAACGUUGAAGAAGCUGAAGAAGAAGAAGAAAACCACUGAGAAACCGUCGCCCCCCGACGACGACGAGGAUGAUUCGAGAGUACGUAGGUCUAGCACCUCCAGUGACGUCUCCGUUGAGCUCGAAACGGAUGAAAAGGAGGCACGGAAGCACAAGAAGCCUCUGAUGUUCAAGGUCGAGGCUAGUAACAGCGUGGGGGACUUCUCGACCAUCUUGGUGAACAGCGGCGGUGCUGACAAUGCGGUCGUUGAACAGUUCAGGGAGAGCGUGAAGAUCCCUGUGCCUAGAAGAAUGGGCAUACGUAAGACUGAUAGGGACAGCGUAGACGAAGAGUCCGAAACGGAGGUCGUGUUACCUGUGAAGAGACCGUACGUGAAGGACACCUCCAGGAACAGUGUUCACUUCACUGUGAAGACACCGCCUGAGAAUGUGAAGAAUGAUCCUUUGAGAAAAAUCAGACCUGUGGGGAAUGUAGAAGAAGAGCUUCAGUCUGUGGGAAGCAAAGAAGAAAAUAAAGAAGAGACAGAAAGCCCAAAAAUAGAGACACCCAAGAUACUUGGUGUUUCUGGAUUAAAAAGAGAAGAAAGUCAGCAGAGCAGCAAGGAGGUCCCUGAAUCCCCCAAGUCUCCUGCCACUCCCAAGUUAAAGAAAAAAGAAAUUGAAUGCUUCAAGGUGAACAGUACUGAAGUAGAGAGCAAAGAGGCUCCUCAGUCUCCUAAGUUUCCUGUUACUUCCAUACUGAAGAAGGAAACUCCAAAAAGUCCAGUGAUUUCUAAAUUUAACAAAACUGGACCACUGGAGAAGAAGACUCCUGGCUCUCCCAAGUCUCCAGAUGCCUCCAUGUUGAAGAAAGAAGAAUCUCCAAUGACUGGAAAGCCAGCUUCGACGAUGGUCGACGAAACGAGCGUGGUGCUAGGUGUUGACCCGCUGGCGAAUGAAAACAGCGCCAGUGCAGCGCUUCCAUCGGUGGCGGACAGGCUGCCAAAAGCGUCUAAAAUUAAUACGGAUGAAAAUAAUGCCGUAGAAGCGCCAAAGCGUUCGUUACCAGAGGCGGAGUACCUGGCAAAGCCGACGAAAAGCGUGCGUGACGAGGACGUCGGUUAUCCGUUACCGGGAAAGAAGGCGAACAAAGCCCCGACCUUGAAGAACGCCUCCGACUCGGCUGCAUCUGGUGCGCCGGUACGCGAGAACCAGGUUAAACGACCUUCGGACAGAGAGGAACGAUUGGGAAAGACUGUCACCGAUGACGCAAUCGGUAAGAAGCUCGUGACGAAGACGACCUUGUUCGAGGGUCCCAAGAGCGACGCGCAGAAGGUAGAGGCUUCGGGAAGCGCUGCUGAGAAAAAGGGAACACCGGUGGAGGAUGUUAAGGGUGACAAAGCGAAGGAGCCCAGUCUGGAGAAACUUGUAAAGACGUGUGAUGAAGAGGCUUCAAGAAUCCCUGUGAAAGUGACCUCGAAGAAGGAGGAGGCAGAUCCCUGGAAACGUACAAAGACUGAGAGUAACAAAGCAGAGAAGAAGCCGAUGCUGAAGGAUAGUUUGCAGAAUACCUCGAAGACUGAAGUGAAAGAAUCAAAGAUCCCUUGGAGGAACAAGGUGUCCAAGACACCUGGUGACAGUGCAUCUUUGGACAGAAGUAUCAGCGUUGAUCCUCAAUUUAUUUCUCGUCCAGAAUCGAUAGAUCCAAAGUCCCUGAAACAGUCUACCUCCCUGGAGGAGAAUCUGAUCAGCAAGAUGCCCGUGGAUAAACAACACUUGAUCAGAUCUUAUGAAAGCCUGAAUGGAGACAGUGGAACGUUGUCUAAGAGCACGUCAUCAGAGUCCAUAGACUUCUGGAGCGAGAUCAAGGGUCCGGAGAGUCCAAAAGUGGCGAAGGUAGUGAACAGGGAAUUCAGUUUCGUUGCUUCCAAGAAUGUAGAGCCGCGCCAGACGGUCGAGGACCUCACUGGCAAAGAACUGGACAAGAAAAAAGAGACCGCUGCUAAAAUAAGCGUCGCUGCGGCGCAGCACGGGCUCAGUAAUAUCCCCGUAAUCGAGGAGGAGUCGUCGAAAUGCGACGCUGAGCAGAGAGUAUCAAGCUGCGAGGCGACCCCAGUUGCCGCAGAGAAGUCGGAGGCGGAGAAGGACAGCUCGACGCCGAGGAAGGGAUUGAGAAAGAAGAACCUAUCUCUGGCCAUCAACUCGGAGGCGUACUCGACCGUGAAGAAGGCUCCUUUGAAGCGUGACGAUUCGAACGCCUCGACUGUUUCCGCAAAUUCGGUGUCCAACACGCCGGACACCUCGGUGCCCGUGUCCGAGGUCUCGACGCCGGUCGCGGAGGUGCCUCUGCCGUUGAUAAACAUCAUCGACACACCGACGCCGACCGCGACGCCUACCAGGACAGGUUCCCAGAUCUUAGACGAGGAGGACGAGGUCAAAACGCCCACCAACGAGUGGCCAGACCCGGACUUCCCUAAGAUCUCCAAAUGGACCAACCACAGUGACCUCUCCAACGUGGACCAGGUGGACAACGACGUGACUCCUGUUCCUUCCAAGGACGUCAGUGUGGCUUGCAGCCCGGAGAACAGUCCAGAUUCGUCCAAAAAGAAGAAAAUAGUUAGAAAAAAGAAAUCUUCUACCACGAAGAGCUCCACCAAAAAGAGCUCCACCAAGAAAGAAUCCAAGGACAGCAAAAGGACCAAGAAGAAUUCCUCCAAAGUGCAGGAGAAUCUGAAGCCCUCCGAACCGUCCACGAACAGUCCCAAGAUCUCGCCCACCCAACGACCCAUCGAUCUCAUCAAAAUGUUCUACACAACGCCCAUGGCGCUAUUGACCGCGACACCCCGAGAUCUGUCCAAGGUACGUCGAGCUAAGAUCAAGAGGAAAAAGCACCACUCGAGGACACCGUCCAUCAGCAGCGACAGUACCGGAAGCACCACCAGCACCGCCACCACGGAGAGCAGUGGGUCCACCUGCGCGGAGCUCGACGACGAUCCGGAGCACAAGAGGAUGAACUCGACGAGGAGCAACGACUCCGGAUUCGACGGUUCACCGAGGAUAUCGACACCCUCGCAGUCAUCGGACACCCAAAGGAACUCAGACUCCUCGGACCACUUCCCCAGUGGACGAAUCACACCGCCGGCGACUAACCUGCCAAGAUUCAAGAAGUACGCCCUGACAGACUUUAAUUUUCUCAAAGUCCUAGGAAAAGGCAGCUUCGGCAAGGUGCUGCUGGCCGAACUGCGUGGGACGGAGUGCGUUUACGCGGUGAAAUGUUUGAAGAAAGACGUGGUGCUGGAGGACGACGACGUAGAGUGUACCCUGAUAGAGAGGAAGGUGUUGACUCUGGCCACCAGGCAUCCGUAUCUCUGUCACCUGUUCUGCACCUUCCAAACGGACUCCCAUUUGUUCUUCGUGAUGGAAUACCUGAACGGCGGUGAUCUGAUGUUCCAUAUACAGAAAUCUGGUCGAUUCUCAGAGACAAGGGCUCGUUUCUACGCUGCUGAGAUCUGGUCCGGAUUGAAUUUCUUGCACAAAAAGGGAAUAGUGUAUAGGGACUUGAAGCUGGACAACGUGUUGCUGGAUUUCGAGGGCCACAUCAGGAUAGCUGAUUUUGGCAUGUGCAAGCUGCAGAUAUUCCUUGAUAGAACGGCUGAUACAUUCUGUGGCACGCCUGAUUACAUGGCACCUGAGAUCAUAAAGGGACUAAAAUACAAUCAGGCGGUGGAUUGGUGGUCGUACGGCGUGCUUCUGUACGAGAUGCUCACGGGACAGUCGCCAUUCUCCGGCUGCGACGAGGACGAGCUAUUUUGGAGUAUAUGUAACGAAAGACCGUUCAUACCGCGGUACCUGAGCCAAGAGGCCACAGACAUACUGGUCUGCCUUCUAGAAAAGGAUUCAGGGAAGAGGCUACCUGGACACGAUAUCGCGUUGCACUCCUUCUUUCAAUCACUGCCGUGGGAUCGGUUAGAAAGGAGGCAGCUGGAGGCACCGUUCAGGCCAGCCCUGGAUCACACUCUGGAUACCAAGUACUUUGACACAGCAUUCACCGCUGAAAGGCCGCGAUUGACCCCGGUACCCGAGCAGAUCCUCACCUCGAUGGACCAGGGUGUCUUCCGUGGAUUCUCCUACACGAAUCCAAACGCAACAGACUGAACGGGCUUGCGGGGACACGCGACGAGUCCAACUUUGACAGCUUCAGGCGUUGAUCAUCCGUCAACGUUCUGCUACUCAUGGCACUGGUGAACGUGUUGGAGUUAAUCCAGGAAGGAUUACGGAUGACUUUGAAGUCUUUUGGAGACGGUGAAUCGAUGGGAUUGAUGGAAGAUGGCGGCUAGAUGCCUCCACCGAGUCAAUGUUCCUGAACAGCUUGCACUCAUCUCGAGUCGAGUCUUCCAGCGAUCACGUUACUAGGUUUUUAUAAUGCAAAGGCCACGCUGCGUCGAUAGAACACUUAGAUUAGUCUUCCAUUAAACGUGGACGAGAUCACAGCGUGCCUUCUUUCUCGUUUCACCCUUAGGUACCCUGUAUUUUCUCUCUUCUUUUUUUAAGUCCUCCCCGGUAGAGUGUCGUGAAACGCAAAUUCUGCUGGCGCUGAGUGUACAAUGAUGUGUUUCAAAUAAAAAAAAAGAACGAACAGUGUAUUUCAGGCUAGAUGCGAAGGAUUAUCCCAGCACGAGAGAGCGGCGCGACCGGAGAAACCGGAAGGCGCUCGAGUUGAAUCUCAGAGACGCGUAACUACUUGAUAUUCCCGCGUUUAUUCUAAACGUCUAGCGUUACACCGUGUCCAGGUUAUUAAUACACCAGGUGGCUCAUUAUUUUGGCAAGGAUAGACACCGUCUCGAGCGUUUUCCACCCACGGACCAACCCUCUCGCUUCUGCCUCCCUUCCUCCCUUCUGGAGGGCAGCCUUUCUUCUUCUUCUACCAAGCUUUCCCUUCACACCUUUCGCCUCCUGUGACCUGUUUUUUUCCUUUUCAUCAACUUUUCCUUUUUCUAUUUCCAUCCGGCACCGACUCCCAAAACCCACUCUGCCCGUUUUCCUCCUCCCCUUGUCGCACGCUCGCCUCUCCGCUGACUGUACGCUAACUUUAGCACACGGUGGAAUUGGCAAACCACCACGUUUGCCACUUUCAAAGUGCAGCCUCGUUGGGACAUGUCAACUUUUGGUCCAGCCUCCUCUCCAGCUGGAAUUCUGGAAUAUUGGGAAUCGGUUUUUGGUUGUUGCUAUGACACGUGUCACUGGGGAACAUGGUUCUACUAACAAAGAAUCACAGAUUAGAGAUAGGGGCUUGAUAAGUACCUUCGCAGUUGAUGGGACAAGGUUCAGAGUCAAGUCACAAGGUGAACAAUGUUAGAGAGCGCUUGAUGAAAUUAAUGGGGCUGGUUAAUUAGGUUAAAUCCUGAUAAACCUGGAACAGAGAACCAUUGUUAGAUUCAUGAAGGGAAGCUUUUUGUUAAUAAAUAUGAAAAUCAGACAAUGUAUCCAAUUUUUCAAAACAGCUCUGUUAGACGUUGAUAGAAACAGGCUACAGAAGGGGAUAAAAAGGAGAGUUAAUGAACCGAUUAACUUGGCUAAUUGAUUUAAUUGAACCGUUCCAAGAUGGUUAGUGAAUGAAUGGAUCACACCUCUGGAAAUGGAUCAAUGAGACAAAGACUGUCUCUGAAUUGAACUAAAUUAAUUAUAAAAUUAAGCAAUUGUGCCUGAACUGACUUGUAAUAAAAUUAAUGAAAAAUUCCGAUGCACGAUGUGAUUUAAAGCAAGAAACGCAUGCGAAUAUGAGAUCAAAGGAUGGAGAACGAUGAAAGGUGUUCGCACCGGCAGACUUCUGCGAAACGGAGAUCGAAUCAGUGAGAGGAAGAGAGCGAGAGGCUAAACAGUUGGAAAUUGAAACGAAGAAAGAUUUAGAGAGAGAAGAGAAGUUGUAGGAAGAGGUUGCAAAAACCGACUACUUAAGAUCGGUCAAUGGACCCUGAUUCCUCCUCUUCUUGCUCUCUCUCUCUCUCUUUCUCUCUUGGUUCACUGGACGAUUACAAAAUAGAUUCUUUUCUUUUUUUAUCUAUCCUCUCUUCUGAGCAAUUGUAGUUUCGACAGGAUCUUGGAAGAUCGAGUAGUUCUUAAGUGUAGCGCUGAUUCUGUAUUAAAUAUCAUUUUCUACGUG